AUGCUCGCCAGCUCGGUUCCGGGAGACGAGGCGGGGCAGCGGGGGCCGCAGUUGGAGCACGCGCGUCACUGCAGCCUACAGGACGUGGAGGGCUUCCCCUCAGCGGGGCUGGGUUUGAUGCCCAUCACCCACAUCAGUGAGGCCCCUCCAGGGGGUGAGGGGCUGAGCGGGGCUGGAGGGCUCCUGGGAGAGGCCCUGGGUGCCCCACCCCGACACCUCUCCUUGGGGACCACGAUGCCUGAUGGGGCGGGAAGGGCCUGGAGUGUGGAGCCGGAAGGAAGCAGGGACGCUGCAGGGACUCGAACCCCGGCCCAGCAGUGCCAGGCGUGCCACCACCAGCGCCUUUUGCUUUUUCCUGCUCAUUUUCUCACAGACUCAAAGGUGAAAAGCAAAACCUGGACGCGGCCCAGCCGCGUCCAGGAAAAGAAACACCUGCGGCGGCUCCAUGCCCCCCACCCCCCCAGGCUCACUCCUUGCCGGACACCCCUUUCACAGGCACAGCCAGGGGACACGCGUCCCCUCGGCUUCACACAGAUGUGUCUCCUGUUGUGCUGCGCUACACAGCCACGGGAGCACGUGACAUCCGACGGGCAGACCCACCCACGAGUCACAGUCCUGAUGCUUCUAGGACAGUGCCAGCGGUGA